GUCCUUGGUAGCCCCUGACUCGAUUUCCUCGAAGCUCCGGAGGUAGCAGCGCCGAGUGGGAGGAGGUGGAUCUCGGAGACCCUGGCUUCCCUGCGUCCCAGUGUGGUUCAGUAGUAAGAAAGAGCCCGGGCUGGGAGUUCAGGGACCUGGGUUCGAGCGCUGUCUCUGCUACCACCCCGCUUCGCGCUGUCAAAACUCGCUUGGUCUCAGUUUUUUUCUUUUGGGUGAUGGGCACAGUUCUCCGUGCCCUUCAUUCCACAGGUGGUGGUUAUAAAGACACGAAAGACAGUAGGCGGAGCCCCUCGCCCUAAUGGUCAUCCAAGGUUAGCUGGGACCUAGAGCCCAACAGGGAAGUCAGCAGUCAGCUCCCAAGUUUCUGGAACUGUUUUUCCGUCAUUUGAGCGAGACCUGAAAACGGUCCGAAGGGCGGGUUUGUAAUCGCUCUGGUGCUAAGGAAGACCUUGCUUACCUAGCUCCUGAAUAGAAUUUUGGACUCCUCUCUCCUGGGUCCUGACUUCCUCACCUGAAUUCACAGAAAGCUACAUUUGGAGAUGAGAAGACUGAGUUCUACAAGUGUUAAGUGAUUUGCUCAAGGUCCAUCAGUUAAUAAGAAUCGGCGCCCAGAAGUGCUAGAGCACAAUGGCUGUGAGACGGUUUUACCUGUGCUGCCUGAUGCUGGGGUCCCUGGGCUCACUCUGCAUCCUCUUCACCAUCUACUGGAUGCAGUACUGGCGUGGUGGCUUUGCCUGGGACUCCAGCAACCUCCAAUUCAACUGGCACCCAGUGCUCAUGGUUACUGGCAUGGUCGUGCUCUACGGAGCUGCAUCGCUGGUGUACCGCCUGCCCCAGUCCUGGGUGGGGCCCAAGCUGCCCUGGAAAGUCCUCCAUGCAGCCCUGCACCUGAUGGCCUUCGUGCUGACGGUGCUGGGGCUGGUAGCCGUCUUUAAGUUUCACAACCAAAAACACAUCAACAACCUCUACUCCCUGCACAGCUGGCUGGGGAUCACCACCGUCUUCCUCUUCGCCUGCCAGUGGUUCCUGGGCUUUGCCAUCUUCCUCCUGCCCUGGGCGGCCUUGUGGCUGCGUAACCUCCUUAAACCCAUCCACGUCUUCUUUGGAGCCUUCAUCUUCUCUCUGGCCAUUGCCUCUGUCGUUUCUGGCAUUAACGAGAAGCUUUUCUUCAGUUUACUGAGGAACCAAGACCCAGAGAAGUUAAGUGACAUACCUAAGGGCACACAGCCAGCAGUGGCAGAGCUGGGAUUUGACGUAGGCAGUCUGACUGCAGAGCCUGCAUGCCUAACUACUCCUGUCCUCCAUUUUUCUGAGGCAGUGGGGGCAACGAAAAGCAAGAAAAACUCCAGCAAGCCUUACUCCAGUCUGCCUAGCGAGGCUGUCUUUGCCAACAGCACUGGGAUGCUGGUGGUGGCCUUUGGGCUGUUGGUGCUCUAUAUCCUCCUGGCUUCAUCUUGGAAGCGCCCAGAGCCGGGGGUCCUGACCGACAGACAGCCCCUGCUGCGUGACGGGGAGUGAAGCGGGCAGGGGCUCUGGAGCAGUCAAUGCUGCCAUCCGUCCUUCCCUCAGAAGCUCUCUCUACUGGGGCUCCCGGCUGGUGUCGGCAACAGUCUUCCUGUGGGCUCUGAGCCCACGCUUCUUGCUGCCUCCACGUCAAGACUGCUCUCUCCAGCCACCGGCAGCCCAUCUGCUUUGCUUGGUGCUUGGUGGCUUUGGCCUCUGCACCCCUUCUCGGCAUCAGCAUCUCAGGUCCCCCACGCACACCCGCCGUGGCUGCCCCACGUUGCUCCUGCUGUCACUCUGAAGAGGCAGGUUGACAAUUGCCUGAAAAUCCUUAGGGAUGUGACAGAAGAUGCUGACAGUUCACACGAGCACGGACCCAAGUGCAGUUCGUAACGUCAAAAACGAGGGCAGUGAUGCGGCCUUAAGUGUUCCCCUCGCAGGCACCCCACACAGUGCAGGCUUUAUCUGCCCUACCGCCUGUUACCACCACCCAGGCCCACCUGGAUGUGAGCUUGGGAGGGGAUGUUAGGUGGUGAUUGAAGGAGGGAGGGUGGGUGGCUGAAGCUGCUUCUGCAGACAGAGGGGAAGCUCUCAACUGUUGUUUCAUAUCCCUGCAUUUUGUCUGUGUGAUGUGACCACAUGGCUUCCUCCACCUCUCCUAGCUGCUGCGCCAUCUGGGGCCUGAAUCUCAACCUUUUCCUGUGGCUUACACACCUGUUGCUGUCAGGCAGCCCUACGAACCCUGGUAACCUGCUCUUCCAGGAACAGAAAACCUGUCCCCAAAUGUCCCCAUAAGGAUGAAAAGCAGAGGGGACUGCGGACUUCCUCUAUUUCCCCUUGCCGGAUCAGGCCUUUCCUGCCUACCCCGGGCAGGUUCACCCUUGUGCUGUUAGAGGGCCCUGCUGAUUUCCACCCUCUGGCUCACCGUGAAACUGUGAUGCCAAAGUUGCUGUGUGUUGAGCCCAGCGGAGCCCUGGGUGGCACUGCCACCUUCAGGGGUGUCCCUGCUGAGUAUCAAGGCACCUCACCCGCCCCCACAGUGGCUGCUUGCCUGGCUAAACCCAGUCUUCUGGGUCAUGGCGAAAUAGGAGCUGUAGCUUUUCUCCUGAGAAGUGGGCAGAGGCAGGAAUCCUGACCCUCUGCUGUGUGCAGCUGCCGGGGCUCUCCUGCUUCUCCUCCAAAUGAGUCCUGUCUGGGCCCAGGCCCAUCCCGCUGUGCUAAGGAGGCAAGCGGCCUGAUGCCCAGGGUUCUGAGCCCAUAUGCCUGCCCCCUGGUGAGUAGAUGCUGGCAAAAGGGCUGUGGCUGCACGUCUUUAUUGGGACUAAGCCUUCAAAGCCAUUGGGAUGGCUUCCGGGCACCCAUGUCACAUGGCCAGCUCACCCUCUCUCCACGUGUAGGUGCUUCGCUUGUUUAUGGAGCUUGAUUUUCAUUAAACAUAUCUUUAAGACUCAAAA